AUGGCCGCUGGUGAGCAACAUCUCCAGUCCUUCUCUCAGCUACUUGGAAAUUUUGAAGGCUUAUUAAAAGAGUUGAAGUUAUCGGUCACUAACUUUGCUACUAAAAAAGAUGAGGGUGCAUAUGACCAGUUUGCGAAGGGAAUAGACUACUUGGAUGUAAAAGUGCAACUUCUUUUGAGCUACUGUGUAAAAAUAGUUUUUUACUUAUUACUGAAAUUGGAGGGGAAGCCCGUUAAAGACCAUCCUUUGGUCGAGUCUCUUAUAUAUACAAGAAUUUUACUUGAAAAACUGCAACCUUUAGACAGGAAGUUAAGGUACUACGUUGACAAAACCAUUCAAUCUGCCGUUUUGGGCGCUACUUUUCAAUCUGAUCCUUUGCUGUAUAAACCCAAUCCCCAAUCCCUUGUUAGUAGAUAUUCUCAACCAACUACCACGGAUUCUGAGGAUGUACAGGGCUCUGGUGUGUAUGUACCCCCAAAGAUUUCAGCCGUCUAUUUGGAAUCCGAAGAUAAAAAUCAUAAAGUAAAGGAACAGGAAAAAAGAUUGGAAAAACUUCGAGCUACUUCUGUUUAUCAGGAGCUGCGGGAAGAGUUUAGUGAGCUUCCAAAAGAACUGAAGGACUUUUCUGCUAUAUCUGUAGGCUCUCUCUUUGAUGGUCACGAUGCGCUAAAGAGAUCGCAAUACGAAGAAGAAAACUAUAUACGUCUACCAAAAACAAAGAAAGAUAAAGUCACUCAGCGAAAUGUUUACCACAGAAACGAAUACGAACAACUUUUGGAUUUUGGAAAUUUUUCUAAACUUUCUAUGGAUAAUCAGAAAUUCAAGAGUUUUAGUCCCUCACUAAAAAGGAAAGAUCUUCACCCUGAAGUUCGACCCUCUCGAAGUAAAAACUCAAAAAAAAAUAUUAGAUUUACUUAUAAAUAA